GAUGACCCGAUGGCGGGUUUGUAAGGCAGGCGAAAUGUAACGUCUCUGUUUGUUAAUAUAUGACUCGUGAUCUUCAUCUUCAGCGAUAAAUUGAUGAAGAAGUGGAUGCCGUAGAUCUAGGUCUGCAUCAUGUCAAAGUUUGGAGCAAGGACGUACGGCCGAAAGCAUGACUGCCGCUUGGCUCCUCCAUUGGAUCAGAUUAUUCUGGAUAAAGGAGACAGCAAAGCCAGUUCAGCUAAAAUGUCGGUUGCAGCUGUGCACCGGUGGGGCAUGACUUCAUUCACAUCUCUUCGAAAGGCAGCUCAGUCUAAUGGCCUGCCAGAUGGAGCAAAUGAUGGACCAGUGUCAUCUAAUACAAAAGUUCCCAACCCUGCAUCAGAUGACGACCCAUUCAGUUUUGACAUUGACCAUGAUGAAACAUUGUCUAGCAGCAGCAAAAGUGCAAGCUCACGUUUGCAUGGCUCAGCACUGGACCCUGCACAAGCAAGCAACCGACCCCUGCCUCCAAAGCCCAAGAAGUUCUUCAAAAGCCGCAACACCACAUGUACAUCAUCACCAUUGGCAUCUCAAACGUCAGCACGUGCUGUGGCGCAAUUCGACAGACUGCGUACAUCAAGUUCUAAUGCGGUUGCUAGCAAGUCUAAGGACAAGAAUGAACCUGUGUCCAAAGUGGGCAUAAGCUGGGGUCCUGAUGAUAAUGUCGAUUUUCGAUGUGUAAAACUGGAAAAGAGCAGUCGUGCAGCUGGACUUUCGAGGGAUCAUCCAAUUACUUCUUAUCUAUCACCUAAACCUUCCACUGUUGCUCCAUUGAUGGUGGCUCCUUCGGCCUCAUUAUCUUUAACCGCUGCACCUCAUAUGUCUGCUGCUGUGAAGGCCACCCCACUACAAGGAUUACCAACACCAUCUACUUCUUUCGCUGAUGAGUCUGUAAAAGGCAGCGAGUCUGGUGAUGGUAAUGAUCAUGGCUCAUUCCAUGCUACAGCAGGCCUACGAACAUACUCUCGAAAGAGAAACCCAGGUGCUCCAGUAGAGACACCAGGCGUGGUGGUACCUGUGAAAAAAACUGCAACGAGAGUAGCUGUUAGUGAUGCCUUGGUGUCUGGCUUGGUGCUGGUGGUGCCUAGUACAAAAAUUGGUAUGACCUGUGUGACAGAUGUUAGCGAGGUGGCAAGCUCUACUGGAAUAUCUAUUAUUAGCGAGGUGGCAACCUCUAGUGAAAUAUCUUCUGUUAGUGAGGUGGCAAACUCUAGUGAAAUAUCUACUUCUGAAGGGAUGGCUAGCCUCAGUGAGACUUCUGCUGCUAACUUGUCCCCCACAGACACCAGUAUGGAAAAUGAAUCCUCAGUGACCUUGCAACAUACUAGUGUAGAAACCUCGAGCUCUCCGCUUCCCAGUGCUCAGGACUCUGAGCUGCCAUCUAUGGCUGGUGAUGAAGCAUCUCAAAGCUCGGUUACAGAUUCACAGCAGUCAGCACUCGAACUUCUAAACUUGCCAUCAAGUUCACGAGAAGAUGCGGUGAAAACUUCUGAACCAAAAGCAUCAUCUUCUAGAUGCAUAUUCAAGAGCAAGAAGAUAUUCCAGAGCCCAAACAAGCCUAAAGCAGUUUACAAGCUUCGACACUGGCAGACUGCAGAGCCUGAGGAAGACCUUGAAAUGACAGAGGCUGCACAAGAUCGAAACAAGCCUCCUGAGAAAUUUUGUGAAUCGCUUAGUGACAAUGCUCUGACAAGAGAAGUGCAUCAACCAUCACAGCCUUGGAAAGAUGCUGUAACAUCUGUGAAGUGUCCUCGCGAGGCUCGUGAGCUGUAUACAGUAGUCCGCAAUGUGAAAAAGGCCUAUCAAUGCCAUGAAUCAGGAGAAACAAAAGAUUUCAAUGAUGACAUUGAUUAUCUACUGGAGGGAGUGCAGCCUAGCAAUCCCAUUGGAGCUAGAUGCCUGAGUGUUGUUGGCUUGGCAUCUAAGUGCAUGGUUCCAGCAUUCCGGAUGCACUUACGAGCUCAUGGAAUUGUGUGCAAAUUCUUCAGUGCCUUAGCUGAUGCUCCUUUUGACCCAAGCCUGUCUCUGUGCACAGCAACGUUGUUCUUUGUCCUGAGCCAGGACCGUCUCACUAUGGACCUGGACGCAUCUACACUGUCUCUGAUGCUGCAGUUGUUUGAGUCGGACACGCAGCAAGGAGAUGGUGGCUUGACUAGUACUCGGAGCUCUUCCUCUGAGCUUAUUGAGAGGCAUCGUGAGAAGGUGCAGCAGCUUUGUGAACAGAUGCAGCAGAAGGGUCACGCCAAGCACCUAAAUCUCAACAGAGUCAAUACUGGCACACUAGCACUGGAGACUCUACUAAGCUUAACAUCUAGGCGAGCAGGAGAGUGGUUCAAGGAGGAAUUGCGGUUACAAGGUGGACUGACGCAUAUUGUAAAUACAGUGAGUGAAUGCCUCAGCUACUUUGGAGAAGGGGUCACAGUCCUGGAAAGCCCAACAGACUUCGAACUGGAGAAGCUGAAAAAGAUUGACAGAUGCUCUCGUGUAUUAGAAAAUGUUACAUAUAUGAAUCCUGACAACCAGAGUUACCUGCUGGAUUUCAAGGGCUCUCUCAUGGUGGCAUCAUACGUCAGGCUGCUGUUGCUGUGCCAGUCUAGCCUGUUAGUACACCCAGUUCUCAAUGAGCCUACAGCAGGGACUGGUGGCAGCAAAAUGGGGGAAGGCCAGAUCACCUCAGUGGUUUUGCAGAACCUGCGAGGACCUGGGGCCGUUUUUUUCUCCUGCCUGUUAUCUGUCCUUCGUGUACUGCUGAACAUGACACAUGAUAGCCUCUUGGGCAGCAAAGAUGUUGGAAGCCAACCAGGAUUACUCGCUGCCAUUUUGCUCUGCAUUCUGCAAGUACCGAAAGCAGUGCCAACGGAGCAGCGUUUUGAUCUUUUGGUUUUGUCACUGGGAUUACUCAUCAACUUGGUGGAGCACUGUGAAGAGAACAGGGAGCGCCUGGCAAAUACGGAAACAGUCGGCUCAUUUGAAUCUUUGUUUGACCAGAUGAAGCUGCCGGCAUUCCAUGCUCUUAUGGACCUGUUCAUAGGCAAAUCUCAGGCGGCUCUCCAGUCUGAGGAGCAAGCCGAUGAGCUGCUGAGCAACCAGGAGAAGAAGAUGAAAGCUUGCCUGGAGCCACAAAAAGCGGAGCCACUGCCCACCAGCCAACAAGCUGUUGUUUCUCAAGCUGAUGACUUAGAGGAGACACUUAUGAAAGCACUUCAGAAAGCUGGCAAGCACAUGGAACAUAGCAUAGUGUGUGCCUACAUUGCCUUGCUCCUUGGCUGUGCUGUGCAGAAUAACAAGGAAUUGACUGAAAAGUUGCGGGAAAUUUCAUCAGAGGGCAAGUUUGAUCUAUUGGCCAAUGCACUUAAGAAAUUUCACAAUUUUGUCAAUCUUACGGGCGUACUUGGAAAUCGAGCCACAAAGAGCAUGCAGUGUGUCAUCAAAGUCCUGGAAGAGAGCUGAUCAUCCAAGACUUUUUGACCCCUCUGCAAGCUUGCCUACCUUGCCUUUGGAACCAGUUUUAUCAAGGCAGCAAAGUCUGAUUUCAUGACAGCUCCCACUCACAGGGACUUGUGCAUGCUAAUUGAGAAGGCCUUUUUUUGACCCGGCAACCUUCCUCUUAAUUCUUUGUACAUGUGACAUGUUUCUUCAUAUUUUUCCCCCUUUUAUUUUUUUCAUUGAAGAGGUUUUACAUUUGACAAGCUUUGUGGCAUGACAUUUAGGGAAGACUGGCUUUGCAAAUACGUCCUGGGUCGGUUUGAGUAGGCCAUGCUUUUAUUUCUUUCUUGUUCUAAAUUAUCAUUACUGUGCAGAAUGUAAGGCAAGGAAAGCCACGUUGGGCCAAGUCUUGCACAAUUCGGGUGUUUUCUUUUAUCUAGUUUUCCUGAAAAUGUUUUUUUUUGGCUCUUGUGCUUCAUCAGAAGUAGGCUUGUGCGAAUAGUGAAUUUUCGGUUCGAAGCGAAUUCGAAGCAAUUGGGGAUUUUGAUCGAAUAAUUUCAAAUUGAGUUUGAAUGGUAUGUAGGACAUAUAGAAAAAAGGAAUAUUUAUCAUUACCUAACUAACCUGCACAAUAUUUAUUUUGAAUUGAAAUAGGGGCUUCCAAUCAAAGUGAAUUCCAAUCAAAGUGAAUCAAAGUGAAUCAAAUUCCAAUCAAAGUGAAUUCGAAUACUCGAAUAUUCGUUCGAAUAUUCCAAGCAUUCGAAUAUUCGCACAAGCCUAAUCAGAAGCCAUCUGUCAUUGUUGUAACUCUCGCAUCUGUUCAACUGUGUGAGGGGAAAGUGAAGAUUCGUUAACCAUUGUCCAAACAUGUGCAUUAUUUCAGCCCUCUCCUACAUUGGAGAACACCUAACAUUGCCAGGACUUUGUGUAACCACAGAUACGUGCAUGGAGGUGCAGUUUACUGUGUUUUAUAGUCUUUCAGUGCCUAUUGUCACCAGAGAGACAUCACCAGAGAUAGCAACAGUACACAGACAAGACAGAGAGUAGUAUUUUGAUUGUCAAGGCCUUUUAUUACUUUCUAACGUGUUUUGCUCCUCCUGAAGUCUCUUUAUUUGGGGGUCCUUGUUGUCUGCUUCUACAGUGUGAUUCAUUUAUAAGGAUAAUAAUGAAACCACACUAUCUGAUCAUUGUAACUGGUUCUUUGCUGACCUUCAGUCUGUUACCCAGUAAUCUUUGAACAGUGUGACCAGAGUGGGCACAUGAAGGCAGGGUGCUGCAUCACAGGGGUGUGUGCGCGUCUGCUCUGCCUCGUUAGUAUGGUCAAGGCCACAUAGUUUGUGUUGUCAACAUGUGUGGUCCUAAUCUGGUGCACAGUGCAGUCCACUUUUAUAGGGAGGACAUUAAUGUGGGAGCUUCCACUUUGUGGGCACUCCAGCUGCAAGUUCUGGCUUGAGCUUUGUCAGUGCAUUGGAUGGAAGUGCAGGUACCAGUAGCAAAAUUCAUAUCGCAUGCUCCAACAGCAAACAUUUUUACGCAUGCCAAAAAUGAAUGAAUGAAUAAAUAAAUCCUUUCUUUAUGCUCAAUUGUGUAACAGUGAGCUGCACUGUACAUUGCAGUAGUUGAGUGCACAAUGGCCGGUCUGGAAGAGUGCGCCGACUCCUUUCUUUAGGCUCUGAGCACAGGGGGCUGUUUCUACUUAUCGCUGCAGCUUGGUGGGGGUGCUCCGAGCCAACCCGCUGCUCGCAGCUGCGAAAGCUGGAGCAUAUGGGGGCGGCUUUGUUUUGAACUUGCAAGGCCUCUUCUGAAGUCACUCCACGGUACCAAUGAGAUGGGAAUAUGGUAGCAGGCAUAUAGGAUAACUCUGGUUCUUUGGAUAACUCUGGUUGUUUCCACUUUUCGGAAAGGAGGUGCCCGUUUUUGUUGCUCGGAAAAGCAUCAUUAUGAUAAUAACAUAUCUUUUUGUUUGUUUCGUUUUCAGUAGUGUCGAGAAAUCGGUUGGAGGCUGAAUAUUGCAUUAAAUGUGCAUAUGUGAUUGUGUGUCACCAUCUGAAGGCUUGGUGUAUGAUCACUGUUCGUCAGAAAAAUUACACAUAACCUUUUCUUUGGUAGAAACAUGGUUUUAGGGAACAUUUACUUCAAAUACAUGUGCUGACUGUCGUGGCACUUAAAAUUAAUAAUUUGUACUUUUUUGUUUAAGGCAUUAUAAUAUAUGCUUUAAUGUAAAUAAAUACUUCAAACAGUUGAAAGUUUGUGCAUGAUGGGGACAGCCACUGUGUUUUGCACUCAUCCCUAAGUCAUAACUUCAGUAGGAGGUUUAAUAAUAAUAAUAAAUUGUUCAAAGUAGAAAAACAGAAGCCCAAAAUAACAUGAAAUAGCAGGUAGUGGUGCAGUCUGAGAGCCACUGAAGUGAAGAAGAAAAAGAAGACUGUGUAGGUAAAACUGUGAAAAGAAUCGUAACAUGAAAUAAUGCACACUGGAGACAAAGUGGAAAAUAAAAGAACUGAUGCUCCCACUUUUGUUGAUUGGAGAAGUAUAGACGAGGUUAUAAUAAAGCCCCCCCCCCCCCCUUCAUUUUUUAUUUUCUGUGACUCCGAGAAAUGGUAAAAACAUUUAAUCACAAGCCCGCUUAAUACAGCAGGCCCAAGAUGCCGCCAAGGUCCAUGGGAUCAUGGCCUUCGUGUAGGUUUGGUUUUCACUCCCUCGCACCUGAAAGGGAAUUUUGCUAAUUAAAUAAAGUUUGCUGAUCAUCAUAGCUUCUACAAAUGAUACACUAACAUAACUGAUUGCCAGCAUUUAACUCAGUAGAUUUUAACUUUUUGGUUAAUUAACAGUGUUAUGGACGACAUGCUGAUGUGUAUAAAAUCAUGUGCGUCCUUCUGCUCAGUUUCUACAAUGACGUGUAAUCUGAUUCGUAUGGUGAGCUACUCACUGGUGUGGUUGCUCUUGUUGUAUGACACAUUAAUGAAAACUAACAAAAAACUCUGCCAAGGAAAGUAUCAUCAUCAUCAUCAG